AUACCUUUUGGUACUAUAAUUUAUUAAUUAAAUUAAUUUUUUUUAUGUUUUAUACCACCAUUUUUUUUUUCCUUCUUUAUUUCCGUUCGUCUCUCCCAACCCGGAACAAAAAACAAACCCUCAUUUCCUUUGGCUCAGUUUCACCGCCCCAACGGGAAAUAGAAAAACAAAAAACAAAUUAAUUUUUUCCUCCCUUCCGCCAAACAAAACCUAAGCCAAAUUCAAAUCAAACGGAAGAAGAGAGCGAGAUAGAGCCAAUCGUGAAUGGAGAGAUAGAAUCGCUGAGUUGAAUCGGUCGUAAGAAGAUCUGAGUUCGAGUUGUAGACAAAGUUAAUUUAUAAAUGGGCGCGGCAGGUUCGAAACUCGAGAAAGCUUUGGGUGACCAGUUCCCUGAAGGCGAACGAUAUUUUGGCCUGGAAAACUUUGGCAACACUUGUUAUUGUAACAGCGUUUUGCAGGCACUUUAUUUUUGUGUCCCAUUUCGUGAACAGCUGCUAGAAUAUUAUUCAAGUAAUAAAAAUGGUGCUGAUGCUGAAGAUAAUCUUUUGACAUGCUUGGCUGAUCUGUUUACACAGAUAAGUUCACAGAAGAAGAAAACAGGUGUCAUUGCUCCAAAGCGCUUUGUACAGAGAUUGAAGAAGCAAAAUGAGCUUUUCCGAAGCUAUAUGCACCAGGAUGCUCAUGAGUUCUUGAAUUUUUUACUAAAUGAACUUGUUGACAUACUGGAGAAAGAGGCUCAAGCAGCAAAAAAUGAGGCAGAAACUUCAUCACCAUCUGAAAAGAAUGCAAAUGGGCCAAAGAAUCCUCAGGCAAAUGGUGUUCAAAAAGAGCCUCUAGUUACCUGGGUACAUAAGAAUUUUCAGGGAAUACUUACCAAUGAGACAAGAUGCUUGCGAUGUGAGACAGUGACAGCAAGAGAUGAAACUUUCUUUGACUUGAGCCUUGACAUUGAGCAGAACAGCUCAAUAACUAGCUGUUUGAAAAAUUUUAGUUCUACUGAGACAUUGAAUGCUGAGGACAAAUUUUUCUGUGACAAAUGCUGCAGUUUGCAAGAAGCCCAGAAGAGAAUGAAGAUAAAGAAGCCUCCUCACAUCCUGGUUAUCCAUUUGAAGCGGUUCAAGUACAUUGAGCAGCUUGGCCGGUACAAGAAGCUCUCCUACCGUGUUGUGUUUCCACUUGAGCUGAAGCUAAGCAAUACUGUUGAAGAUGCAGAUUCCGAGUAUUCUCUAUUUGCUGUAGUUGUUCACGUGGGAAGUGGACCUAACCAUGGGCACUACGUUAGCCUGGUGAAAAGCCACAACCACUGGUUAUUUUUUGACGACGAAAAUGUGGAGAUGAUUGAUGAAUCUGCAGUUCAGACAUUUUUUGGUUCGGCCCAGGAGUACUCAAGUAAUACAGAUCACGGGUAUAUCUUAUUUUAUGAAAGCCUUGUUGGUGCAAACAACAAGAGCUGAGAAGGUGGUUUCGUUUUUCCAUGAGUUACAAUGACUAGGUAUUCUAAUCACUCAGACCUCAUUUUUCUUUACUUGUCUAUGCUUGUUAAUUUUUUUCAACUUUUUUUUUUAAUAUUUUUCCAACCUUGUGGAAUGAGCUGGCAGAUAUCAGUGAGGUGAUGUGGGUUGUGAAAAAAAUGUAUACUUAGGUUGUUGCCAUGUACAGUGGAUGGUUUAAGCACACUGUCCUUUUGUUUUUUUCAGAAUAAGAGGAAAAUAGAGCAGUGUAUAUGGUGUGAGAAUAUCACAGACAGUUUGUAUUCUUCAUGGUUGAGAAUGUUUUAACAUUAGCAAUGCAAUUGGAAUUGCUUCCAA